AUGGUGGGCAUCGUUCAAUUCACCGCAGCGGUUGCUGCUGUCGCCGGGGUCGCAUCUGCCGCUACGCCAAUCCAAUUGUCACAUCCUCACUGUGAUCAAUUCGUUUACGGGCAGAGCUGCCAGGAGUUCACCAGCAGAUUUGGACUCAGCCAACAGGCAUUCCUGAACCUGAACCCAAACCUCAACCCAACCACUGGUUGCAACCAACUCCCCCCGUCGUGGUACUGUGUCAGGACAAGAGCGCCUGGAGCUCCCAUCAGCACACCCUACCCAGCAAGCACAGCCAUGUUUGGUAACUGCGCCAAGUUCGCUGCAGGCUUUAAAACACAAGGGGGUUCAUGCUGGGACAUAGCCGCUGCCUUUGAACUGUCUCAACCAGAUUGGAGAUGGCUGAACCCAGACGUCCCUUUCUCGGACGGGUGGAAGUGCUUCUCCUUGAUCAACGACCAUUAUUGCGUGGAGCUAAAGCAAGAGACUCCUCCGCCUCCCAUCACCAGCACCACGACGACGACUACUACCAAGCCUGCGACGACCACGACAAAGCGCAAGACGACCACAACCAAGCGCAGGACAACCUCGACCAGAGGUCCCAGGCUUCACAAGAAUUAG